AUGGCACCGGCCACAGUACUAGCACCAGCAGGCGUUAAAGCUCCGUCAACUCAAGCACCAGCAACAGUUGCAGCACCAGCCCUGGCACCAUAUGCUGCACCAUCUUCUGCACCAGCUUCAGCACCAGCUGCAACACCAAUCCUAGCGCCAUCUGCUGCAUCAGCUUCAGCACCAGCUUCAGCAUCAGUUGAAGCUCAGCCCUCACUGCAGCAUAACAAACAAGAGUCCAACGGAGAAAUAAAGGGUCUGCUACAAAUGCUACUUCGACAGGUGGGGCAUAUGAUGAUCAUGAUGCAACAACAAAUGGUUCAGCAAUCUCAACUUCAGGAAAGGAGGUUCACGUUCCUCCUCGAUCAACAACAGCAUCAUCCUUGUCACCUCUUAGAUGAGGAUGAUGCACCAUUUACAAGGGAAGAACUCCUUGCAGCCAUUAGGACUAGCAAAUCCAAAUGCACCUGGGGAUGA